AAUACAUUCAAAUCAUACUAUAUAUAGAGACCAAUUAUACAUGAGUUUCUCCAUCCUAUAAUUUCAAGUAUCAUAGUGGGAAAAAAUGGGUUCCAAGACAUUUAUGUUCCUUGGCCUUUUUUUGGCUAUUUAUGUAAUGAUAAGCUCUGAGGUUGUAGCUAAAGAGUUGAGUGAGACUUCAGAAGAUAAGUCAAAGAAAUCCAAUAACAAGAAUGUAGUACAUGAAGACCAAUUUGGUGGCUACCCUGGUGGUGGAUACCCCGGCGGUGGUGGCGGAUAUCCUGGCGGUGGUGGCGGAGGCUAUCCCAGAGGUGGAUACCCUGGCGGUGGCCGCGGUGGUGGUGGUGGCUACCCUAGCGGCGGUCGUGGUAGAGGCAGAUAUCCUGGUGGUGGCCGCGGUGGUUACCCUGGCGUUGGUCGCGGACGUGGUGGAUAUCCUGGCGGCGGACGUGGUGGUGGUGGAUACCCUGGCGGUGGACGUGGUGGCGGCGGACGUGGUGGUGGUGGUGUAGGGUACUGCCGCAAUGGUUGUUGCAACGGCAACAACUAUGAGUGCUAUAGUUGCUGUUAAUAAUGGGAAGCAAUAUAUAUAAAUUUUGUAAUGGCAAAGGUGUAAUAUUAGUGAUUAAAACUCUUGCUACUUUAUUUAAUUUCUAGAACUUUUUGUAAGAAUUAUGAAAUAAAAUGUCAUCAUGUAUGUAAUGUUUGUUAAUUAUGCUAUGGUGUGAGACAAUAUUUUCCCUAA